CCUAUGUAACUAUCAUCUAUGUAUGCUCAAUGGUCAAAUCUAAAUCAAAUAGUAGUGACAAUGGGUUAAAAAUUAGGCUUAGAAUUUAAAUUGUUUUAUCUAAAUUUAUUAAAUAUUUUCGAAUCAAUUAUUUCCGAAUCUUCCAAAAUGUAAAUGUAAAGUGUUCAGUGUUUUAGCCAUCCAGAGGACCAGAUUAAAUUUGAUUCAUUGGCUGACAAUGGUAGAAACGUUAAAUUCUGCAUGUUAUAACCUUAACAAACAAAGAGUAACUAAGUGUCAUUAUGAUUUCAAAAAUAAACAAAUCCAAGAAAAGGCAAGCUCGGAGUUGGGUUGAAGCAUUAUUUCAAAAAAGAGAUUGUGUAACUUUUAUUCCAUCCAGUACUGAUAAUACUAGAUGUAGUUGUGGGUUAUCAUUAACAUUUCACUGUGGUGGAGGAAGUGGCUCGGUACAGUUAGACCCUGAUAAUCCUAACGAAGUAUGGUCUUCGUUAAAACAUACCGUAGUUUCAGCAACAGAUGCCUAUGGAACAAUUGAGUUUCAAGGCGGUCCACAUCCUACCAAAGCACAGUAUGUUAGAUUGUCACAUGACACUAGACCAGAAACAAUACUUCACUUAUUUAAUCGAGAAUGGGGUCUAGAACUACCAAAAUUAUUAAUAACUAUUCAAGGAGGAAAAGCCAAUUUCGAAAUACAACCCAAAUUGAAGAAGGUAUUACGUAAAGGAUUAUUGAAAGCAGCUAAAACAACUGGUGCUUGGGUAUUUACUGGAGGAACAAACACUGGUGUUACUCGUCAAGUGGGAGAUGCACUUUUGCUUGAUUCACAACGCCCAGGUAGAGUUGUGUCUAUAGGCAUAGCACCCUGGGGGAUUAUCGAAAACAACCAUGAACUUAUUGGUCAUAAUAAGGAUGUUCCCUACCAUUCCAUAUCAUCACCUAGAUCUAAAUUAGCUGUGUUGAAUAAUAGGCAUACCUAUUUCCUUUUGGUGGACGAUGGCACAUCAGGACGUUAUGGUGCAGAAAUUGAAUUACGUAAAAAAUUGGAAAAAUAUAUUUCAAUUCAAAAACUGCAUCCAAGUGCGCAUUAUAGUACUCCAGUUGUUUGUCUAGUGAUUGAAGGAGGUACUCAUACAAUUAGAGCAGUGUUAGAAUAUGUUACAGAUACUCCUCCAGUACCAGUGGUUAUAUGUGAUGGUUCAGGCAGAGCGGCUGAUCUAUUAGCUUUCACACACAGAUAUGCAGUGGACAGUGGCGGACAAACUGUUUUAGAAAAUAUGAAAGAAUAUCUAUUAAAUACCAUACAAAUUACAUUUGAAGUCGGGCAAGAGAAAGCUGAACGUUUAUAUGAAGAACUCAUUGAAUGUACAAGGCAUAAAAAUAUGAUAACCAUUUUCCGAAUGAGUGAUGGACAAGAAAAGUCACAGGAAUUAGAUCAAACUAUAUUAACUGCAUUAUUUAAAAGUCAACAUUUAUCUCCAUCAGAACAGUUAAGUUUGGCAUUGACUUGGAAUCGUGUAGACAUAGCUAGAUCUGAAAUAUUUGUUUAUGGACAAGAAUGGCCAGAAGGCGCUUUAGAAGAAUCUAUGAUGCAAGCUUUAGAACAUGACCGGAUUGAUUUUGUAAAACUGUUGUUAGAAAAUGGUGUUAGUAUGAAGAAAUUUUUAUCAAUUUCUAGACUUGAAGAGUUAUACAACACUAAACAAGGACCAACAAAUACAUUAGGAUAUAUAUUACGGGAUGUUCGACCUCAUAUCCCUCAAGGUUAUAUGUAUACAUUGCAUGACAUUGGAUUAGUAAUUAAUAAACUAAUGGGUGGUGCAUACAGAGCUCAAUACACCAGACGUAAAUUUCGUACAAUGUACGCCCAAACACGCCGUUUGAACAAUACGCACAGAAACAGUGCUUCAUUUACACGUUACUAUGGAAACAAUUUAACAUUGGGUGUUUUAGCUGAUUCUGAACAUUCUGAAGAGGAAUCUCUUUUUGAAUAUCCAUUUAAUGAGUUAUUAAUUUGGACUGUGUUAACUAAGCGUCAAGAGAUGGCAUUAUUAAUGUGGCAGCAUGGAGAAGAAGCAUUAGUUAAAUCACUUGCUGCCUGUAAGCUUUAUAAAGCCAUGGCACACGAAGCAGCAGAAGAUGAUUUAGAGACAGAAAUAUAUGAUGAAUUACGAAAUUAUGCCAAAGUGUUUGAAGAUAUCUCACUUGAGUUAUUGGAUUAUUGCUAUCGUCAAGAUGAUGACCAAGCCCAACAAAUGCUAACAGUUGAGCUGCAAAAUUGGAGUGGUCAAACUUGUCUUAGCUUAGCGGUGGCUGCAAAUCAUAGGGCUUUGCUUGCUCACCCUUGUAGUCAAAUAAUACUAGCUGAUCUUUGGAUGGGAGGUCUAAGGACAAGAAAAAAUACCAACAUCAGGAUUUUAUUAGGAUUGCUAUUUCCACCAUAUAUAUCCAGACUGGAAUUUAAAUCUCGAAAAGAAUUACAGUCAAUGCCACAAACUGAAGAAGAACAUUUGUACGGACUGGAAUUAGAAGAAGAAAAUGAAAGUGUGGAAGGAGGUGUCCAUCGGUCACACUUAAAUCUUGUGGAGACAAAUUUAGAUGGUGCAUCAUCUGUCAAAGAUAAUGAAACAGCUGAAAAUGGUACGAUGUUGCCAAGUGCUUCGAUAGGAGGUACAAUUAAACAUUCUGAUUAUGAACAUAAAUGUGUAACUCCAUCAUACGAAUAUAGUGCUUAUGAUUUAAAGAGGCAGCGGCCAUUGCCUUUGCGGCACAAGAUCAUUGAAUUUUACACUGCACCAAUUACAAAGUUUUUAGCAAAUUCUGCUGCAUAUUUUGUCUUUUUGGUUCUUUUCACAUAUGUGGUUCUUGUCCGUAUGGAACCAAAUCCGUCUUGGCAAGAAUUGUAUGUAAUUGCUUAUAUAUGCACAUUUGGUUGUGAAAAAAUUAGAGAAAUUGUUUCUUCUGAACCUACUAGCAUCAGUGAUAAAUUUUCUGUUUGGGCAUGGAAUAUGUGGAAUCCAUGUGAUGCUGCAGCAAUUAUUUUUUUCCUAACCGGACUUUGUUUAAGGUUACAACCAUCAUCACAGGCCAUUGGAAGAGUUAUGUUCUGCACUGAUAUUAUUUAUUGGUAUUUGCGAAUUCUGAAUAUACUUGGUGUUAACAAAUAUCUUGGUCCACUAGUUACAAUGAUG